GCAUUAAUAAUACAACUGUCGGUUUAUUAACAACUGCUAAAAUGCCCGCUUCAAAAAGCUCUUCCGCAAUCACUUACCUAGUAAUGUGCGAAACCCUCUGAUGCAUGCCAAACGCUGAUUCCAGCGAGCGUAGAGCUUUUGCAAGAAUCAAUCAUUACUAGUUUAUGGGUUGUCAUGGAUGUAAACAAAGCAGAGGGGUGAAAGACCAGCAAGUUAUUCACAAUGCAAAUGCAUAGAGAUAUAUCAGUUGCCACCCUCCGUAACGCGCCAACCACCCGCUAGCGCUUGUGCAAAAGUUCAAAGCUGUCGUUUCCAUUUGUCAAAUGCAUUUUUCCAUUACUUGUAAUGAUUGAAACUGUGCGUUAUGCUGUAUUGAGUUUUUUUCUACAAAGUUUAUAAGCGUGUAAGAAUAACAGUGAUUAUAAAAAGGCAAGGAGGCGCCACAAGUGGGCGCAGUGUGUGUGGCAUAAUUGAACCAUAUGGUAUUUUUUUUAUAAGUAAAGAAGCCGGAAAAACUACAAUCCAUCAAAAUACUAUAUUUGUAGUCGAAUAAAUUAAGUUUAGAAAUAAGAAAGUCAUAGUCGAGUACUCAAAGAGGUCAAAAUUAGUGUUUACAGCGCUGCAAUGGACGAGGUGGACGAUGAGACUUUCGAUGAUGCCAAAUCGGCGCGCACUUCAGAUGAGAAUCGCAAGCAAAAUCACAGUGAAAUCGAGAAGCGGCGCCGUGACAAAAUGAACACCUACAUAAAUGAGCUCUCGUCCAUGAUACCGAUGUGCUAUGUGGUACCACGCAAAUUAGAUAAACUAACCGUACUUAAAUAUACAGUGCAGCACCUGCGCAGCAUACGUGGUAGCGUGCAUCCCUACAGUGGUGGAGAUUACAAGCCAUCGUUUCUCUCGGAUCAGGAGCUUAAAAUGCUGAUACUGCAGGCGUCUGAGGGGUUUCUUUUUGUAGUGGAUUGUGAUCGUGGACGCAUUUUAUAUGUUUCAGAAUCGGUGUCACAAGUGCUGAAUUGCUCGCAAAUGGAUCUGCUCGGACAGAGUUGGUUUGACAUAUUGCAUCCGAAGGAUGUGGCUAAAGUUAAAGAACAGCUUUCUUCGUUAGAUCCGUGCCCGCGCGAUCGGCUGAUUGAUGCAAAAACUAUGUUACCCGUCAAAACCGACAUUCCACAGAGUUUAUGCCGCCUUUGUCCGGGUGCGCGUCGCUCAUUCUUCUGCCGCAUGAAACUCAAAUCAAAUAAUAACCAAAUUAAAGAGGAAUCCGAUACAUCCUCCAGCUCGCGUAGCUCCACAAAGCGAAAGUCCAAGCUGAGCGUCGACCAUAAAUAUCGCGUUAUACAAUGUACUGGUUAUUUGAAGUCAUGGACACCGAUUAAAAACGAAGAACAAGAUAGCGAAAGUGAAGAUAAUUUGACAAAUCAUUCCAGUUUAGUGGCUAUUGGCAGAAUACCCCCAAAUGUUUUGGAAUCCAAUGUGCCGCCGUCUUUGGACAACCAUCCCAAUAUAAGGCAUGUGCUAUUCAUCUCAAGACAUUCCGUAGAUGGUAAAUUCCUCUUCAUAGAUCAAAGAGCUACACUGGUCAUCGGUUUCUUGCCGCAGGAAAUGCUCGGCACCAGCUUUUACGAUUAUUUCCAUCAUGAAGACAUUCCCGCUUUGGCCGAGUCACAUAAAAUGGUUAUACAGGUGCCGGAGAAGGUGACAACUCAAGUCUAUCGUUUUCGUUGCAAGGAUAAUACGUUUAUUCAACUGCAAAGCGAAUGGAGAGCAUUUAAAAAUCCAUGGACCACUGAUAUUGAGUAUAUUAUAGCGAAAAAUACGGUUUUCCUUUGAAUUCGUAUUCAUCAGAUUUUUAGAUACAAAUAAGCAUAUUCAUCAGAUUUUUACAUACAAAUAAGUAUAUUCGAGUGCACUCAAGCGGACUUGUGCCACGUAUGUAUACAAUACAUACAUAUGUGUAUAAUUUCUUUCAUAUGACUUAACAUACUAUAAUUGUACUAUUUGUGCUAAUCGUAUGAGUUUUCAUAUAUUUCCGUAGGAAUAAGUUUGUCACAUAAACAUUUUACACACAUACGGAAAAAUAUCAUGAUUCACAAAUACAUAUUCAUCAAUACACAUAGUUUUGUGUAUAAAAGGACAAAAUGUUUGUUAUUAUAAAUACUGUUUUAACGGUUGUUUAAUUGGAAGAGAGGUAAAUCAGUUGUUAUCGAGGUCUAUCAUGCAUGAGUGGGUUCUCCGAAAUAUACGCAAAAAAACCCAAAACUUAUUUUUUCCCACAGUGGCACCACCGUCAGUUAUUGCAAACAAUGAGCAUUUUGACAACGUUCAAUAUAUAUUGUGGUAUUUGAAUCGUGAUCCAUAUCGAUGAUAGAUAAUUCGCGAGUGAAUAAUUACGAGCUGGCAUUUAUUCGAAAUUAAUCGAUUUUAGAAACAAAUAUGAUUUGCUUUAUUAUUUGUUCGGUUGCUUUUUUUUUAUAAAAUGUCGAAAUUAAGCUGAAGAAAAGUUUCUAUGAUUUUGAAGUGUUUAAGUAUUUACGGAGAAAACAAUGGAGGUGAAGUUAAUUGAGGCCGUUAAAGUCCAUCCGUGCCUGUAUGAUAGGAGCUCGACAGACUUUCGCAACCAAAUGUUGAAGGAGGAAGCAUGGGAGGCAGUAGCGAUUUUAACAGGAGCCUCAGUGGAACAGUGCAAGCAGCGAUGGAAAUCACUACGCGAUAGAUUUGUGCGGGAAGUGGCGUCGCAGCAAUCGAAGUCGGAGACUACUGCGGAGGAAAAGAAUGAGUGGUGCUACUUCGAGUUAAUGCGUUUUUUAAAAAAACACCUUAAACCUAGAAAAAUGAAAUCAUAUACACAAGCGUGCAUCGAUGACGAGCCAAUUUCCAUUUACUCACCUGCAAUAACACAGAGCGACUCAUGUCAAACAACCGACUGCGAUUGGAUAGAAUUUCUGCAGGACAGGAGUGUGUUAAAUGAUAGCCAAAGCAGCAAUAAGUCACCUAAAUCAAAAAAAGGAUCAAAACGCCAGCGGCUGAGCGAAGAGGCGCAGGAACCUUGCAGUCAGCCUGCUAAGGUGAAGCGCAAAAAUAAGGUAUUUUCAGUCAUGCUUGACGAACUUCUGCAGAAAAAAUCCGAACAAGUGCAGGAAAGCAGGAAUAAUACAAAUGAACGUGCCAACUAUCUUUGCGGCAGUCUUGAGACGGUGUUUUCAGCAAAAAAGGAGUCAAGAAAUAGAGCAUUUUUAGCGAUGCUGGACGAACUUCUGCAGAAGAAAUCAGAUGAACAGCAGGAGAAGUUGAAAAUGGAAAUUCUAAACCAUGUAUACAAUUCUUAAUAAUUUUUUAUACAUGUAUUUCCUUUAUGUAAUAAAUAUUUUUAGAUAUGUGAAAUAUUAAUAUAUUCGUACAUAAGUCUAUAUUGUAUAUAUAUAUAAGGUACAUACAUGUAAAUUACAAAAAUAGUAACACAUUAAUAUAUCCAUAAAAUUUAUGAAAUUCAAUUGGUCUAAAGUGGUGACUAAUAAAAAUAACUCUUGAGAUUAUCCCUCAAGGCGAACGCACUUUUUGAA